AUGAUAAAUACGCAGAAUGAGUCUGGGGAUUCCACUGCUGACAAGGAUUCAUCCAUAAAGCUCUCGGUCGUCCCUGGUCUGUUCGGACUCAAAAAAUCCAACCAAACCCUCAUCCCCAACCCAGCUGUUGUCGACACCAACCUUGCUCAUCAACACCCACAACCCAUUCCCAAGCUGCGGUCAGAGAGACCACAAGGCGUCCAGGCCAUACACCUCCCCAGCAGGAAUAAGACCGUCCACAUCGCCACCCACUUUGACUCUUCCUCAGGAAACGAAAUUAUCCUCUGGAGCGACGUCCUUGUCGUCUUUCGAGGUGCCCUUUAUCUCCAGCAUGGCACCAAAGUCAUCCCCUUCCUCAAGGGUGACGACUUUCGAGAUCUUGACCCGCUUCGUAUUGCUUGUGUCCCUGAAGUCACCCUUGAUGUUGUAUUGGAAGAUGCUCCAACCGACCCAGGAACCGAUUCGCCAUCAUCACAACAGAUGGAACUGCUAGCAGAUUCGCCUCAGGAAGUACCUCAAACCCCCGCAGUAUCUAGAGGACGGAACCCACACGGACAUAUGGAACUGGCUCUAGCCAACUACUCACAUAUGGAAGCUCCCCGAACAGACCUCUGCGGACCACAAUUAUGCUCAAACAACAACGAGGACAACUCUGUCAGCGUCAGUCCCAACAGACAGGGUGUCGCCUAA